CCUCCAUCCACCCAGCAAAUAUGUCGCUGUCUACCUUGCUUCUUAAUCGACCUAUUCCCCGAGACGCUAUCGAGUUGGGCCAUCUUGUUGCCGAUCCCGUACAGCCUGACCAAGACUAUUGUCUGCCUGAAUUCUCAGAAGAGGGGGUUGAAGAUGGGUCAUCCACGAAUCACGCUGCAACGCUACAGCGCAUAGAGAACUUUCAGGAUGUAUUGGAGCAAACGCGAGGCACGAAACUGGAACUGAGUUUGCUCAAGCUUCUCUCUAUUGGAGCGUCUAACCCGGACCGUGUCUCGCUUAAAGUAUCAUCAUCGCUCUGCAUCAUACACCAGCUGCGGAACUCAACCGCUUACUUUGAUGCCGCAUGUGAGGACAGAGCCGUACGUGACUGGUUGGAGAGGCAAGCCAAGCGUCCCAUGAGUACCGCCUACCUUAUCUGCGGCUUCAAGACACUCACGGAUGCCCGAGUUGAGCUUGUACAUUACAAAGAUAAUGUUCUAGACUUCUCAUCAUCGGUACCCGCCGCUGUGAUUGCUGGUGCGGCUGGCGUCCCGCUACCAAUUCCGCUCGAUUCUGGAUUGGAUGUUGCUGCUGGAGUUUCCUUGAACCGAAAAUCCUAUGAGAACCUUGGAUAUACCGCGACUGGGGAACAGGUAUUCGCAGUACAGUAUAGAAAGAUUCGUUUUGCUCUAUUUUCGACCAAGCGGGUCGACACGGCAUAUCUGGAGAAGGGCAACCGCUGGAAAUCAUACAUCAACACGCGGAGUAGGGAAGGACAACAGAUGGAUGAAAAUGCUACGGAUGGAAUCGAAGCCACGCCUGAUGAAUCGUUGCGAUUGGAAGAUCUCAAGGAGGGCUACGAUAGUAUUGAGGUAGAUGGGGAGGAGAUACUGUAUCAUACUGGUUAGGGAGAAUAAAUCAUACAUCUUAACAUUGGGUAGGAAGAAUGAUUCGUGUGAAAGGGCUGGGUAAUAUAAUAUAUUCCUUACGCAAUUCACUAUUUGUUUCCGCCCAUCCACUUCGUCUGUAGAUCCACUCCUUCACACUCACACACAGCAAUUAUAUCGGCCUUCAUUCGCGCCCAAUCACACCCCCUCUACUCUGCGACUGUUUUUUCUCGCUUUACUUCAG